AUGAAAGGUCUCACGACGGCAUCAUCGGUUCUCCAAAUUCAUUCUGAUUCGCUGAAGAACAGCGGCAGUGAUCGAAAAGUGUGUGUCGAUUGCAGACAAUUGAACGCAGAGGCAAAGAAGGAAGCCUCAGUGGACUCGCCACAAGCGGUCAAGUUGUUCUCAAUGUUGAACUUGAAAUCUGGUUGUUGGCAAGUGGCGGUAGUGGAGAACGCCAAGGAAAAGUACAACUUCACGUAA